CCAAAUCUUCAGUAGACGUUUCCUUUUUUGUAUUUUUCACCUUAAAGAUUUGAUUUUUUUUCCUCCUUUUCUAUGAAUUCAUUUUCUUCCUUUGCUUCCAAUCUUGUGUACGAUUUGAUAAUUCCAGCUACCCCAAAGAGAACACAUUUUUGAAGACGUAUGCAAAAUGGACGCUAGACUCAAUCAUAAGUUUUCACAAAGAGCAAAUGGGUUAAAGAACCCGCUUGCAAAGGCAUUACUUGCUUUAAUGGAGGAAAAACAGACGAAUUUGUCCGUUGCCGUCGACUUGACAAAUAAGGCUGACAUCCUUGCUCUCGUAGAUAAAAUUGGUCCUUUUGUAUGUGUCAUCAAGACCCAUGUGGAUGUCAUUGAAGAUUUUGACCAAGAUUUUAUUCAACAAUUAACUGCUCUUUCUGAGAAACAUCGAUUCUAUAUCUUUGAAGACCGUAAAUUUGCCGAUAUUGGAAAUACAGUCAAACUUCAGUACUCUUCUGGUGUUUACAAAAUUGCUUCUUGGGCUCACAUUACCAACUGUCAUACCGUUCCUGGAGAAGGCAUUGUUCAGGGUUUGAAAGAAGUUGGCUUACCUCUUGGUCGCGGUUUGCUCCUCUUGGCAGAAAUGUCUUCCAAGGGGAGCUUGGCCACUGGAUCCUACACUCAAACCACUUUAGAAUGGGCAGAAAAGCAUAAUGAUUUUUGCAUCGGCUUCAUUGCUGGUCGUCGUUUCCCCAACCUUCAGCAUGACUUUAUUACAAUGUCUCCUGGUAUUGGAUUGGAUGUAAAGGGCGAUGGUUUGGGUCAACAAUAUCGUACACCUCAUGAAGUUAUAGUGAAUUGUGGCAGCGAUAUUAUCAUUGUUGGCCGUGGAAUUUAUGGAGCUGGUCGGGACCCCGUGGUCGAAGCCCAACGUUACAAACAAGCAGGAUGGAAUGCCUAUCAAGAACGUCUUAGUGGAAAGUAAUGAAUUUGGUUAGCUUCAACUUGAUUCUAUACUUGGAUUGAGUCUCAAACAUGGAUGAAAUUGGGUAUUUUUCUAUGGAACCAUGAGAUGUAUAAUAGUAAUCUUUUUUUUGUUAAAUGUCUAUAGCUUUAUUUCAUAUCACGAUUGAAAGUUUGGAAAUUUCAAUGUAAAGAACUUACAUGUACCUAUUCGAUGAAACUAGACAGAGGAAGUAAUCCUCGUUCCUUCACCUUCUCAACCAAUAGAGGGUAUAACCUCGCAAAGUAUGUUGAGAGCUCUUCCCAUCUUGUUGCUAAUCCAUAUCAGGUAGAAUUUCAAGGAAAGUCAAGGUAUUCAAGAAACAAGCGGAGACGAAUAGAAUCAAGAAUUUAUAAAUGGGAAUCUAUUUUCAUUGCCUAGAAAAUAGUACAUGAUGAGUGCAUAAAACGAACGUAAACUUUAAGUCUUUAGAAAAAAAUUCGUAAGAGCGUCAAGAAGGCACCGCCGCACAUAAGAACUAAAAAGAAAACUAAAAUGAAUUGGUUACUAGAUGAAGCUUGAGCAAACUAGCGGAAACACAUACGGGCUAUAUUACGGGGAACCAUGCUGGGGGGAUGCUUAGCAACGCUGUGGUCUUUUGAGUUUGUUUUUACGCGUCGAGUAACAUUUUUUUGAAAUUGAGCAUUUGCACGACGCUGAGAUGGAGUUUGAACGGCCUACGUUUAUAAUUAGUGAGAAUUCAUUUAUGAAAAAGAAGGUCUAACAAAGGAUAAGGAAAGGCACUUACAGGCAUUAUAGCAAAUAAAAAUAUAUUCAGA